AAUAUAGCUACUAUUAGUUCUGAAGAAGACAAAAUGCAAGAAAUCGAUCAUAAGGUGGACACCAAGACGAAAAGAGAAAUUGCUUGGAAAAAAGUUAUAUUUUUUACGUAUGUACACAUUGAAGCAAUUUUGGGACUUUACUAUAUUUUCACGGAGACAAAAUGGCAAACAAUAGUUUGGGGUUAUCUGUUGACAUUAAUUUCCUCACAAGGGAUAGGAGCUGGCGCACAUCGAUUGUGGGCCCAUCGCACCUACAAAGCAAAGUUGCAAUUAAGAAUAUUGUUGGUAUUUUAUCAAACUAUGACAUUCCAAAAAGACAUUUACGAUUGGGUCAGAGACCACAGAGUCCACCACAAGUUUUCAGACACCGAGUGUGAUCCGCACAAUGCGAGUAAUGGUUUCUUCUAUAGCCACAUAGGCUGGCUUAUGUUAAAAAAGGAAGACUGCGUAAUUAAAAAAGGCAAAAUGUUGGACCUAAGCGAUCUCGAGGCUGAUCCUGUAAUCAUGUUUCAAAGAAAGUACUACUGGUACAUAGCGCCAAUUCUUGCCUUUGUUUUGCCGGCUGCGUUACCAUGGUACUUCUGGAACGAAAAUUUCCACGUUUCUUGGUGUGUUUGCAGCAUGCUGCGUUUCGCCCUUUCUCUACAUGCCACAUGCUUAGUUAAUAGCGCUGCUCAUAUUUUUGGCAAAAGACCGUACGACAAAAAUAUUUUACCACGAGAAAAUAUGUUCGUUUCUUUUGCUACUAACGGAGAAGGAUUUCAUAACUACCACCACGCGUUCCCUUGGGAUUACAAAGCCGCUGAGUUAGGCAGCUAUUAUGGAAACUUGAGUACAGCUUUUAUUGAAUUAAUGGCUCGGAUUGGGUGGGCGUAUGAUCUUAAAUGUGUGCCAGCUGAACUAGUUGAAAGAAAAGUGCGAAGAUCAGGAGAUGGUAGCUGGGAGUUAACAAAUGACUAUUCGUGGGGUUGGGGCGAUAAAGACAUGGAAAAAGACUAUGUUAAAAUGACCAGAAUUAACUACAGAAAGAAUGCUACAAGUGGUUAAUUUUAACUUAACAAGUA